CAGGCAUGCACAAACGGUCGUCGUUGAAGCUUGGAGUAUCUUUCUUCCUCUUUGGACUCGUAAACAAUGUACUCUACGUCAUCAUACUUUCGGCUGCGCUCGAUCUUGUCCCUCCGUCAACACCCAAGGGCAUUAUUGCCUUCUGUAAUAUCACUCCCGCCUUACUUGUGAAGCUUGGGUGGCCGUACUUUCUCAAGGGUCGCAUACGUUAUGCCCGACGCAUUAUCGGCUGCUGCACGUUAAGCUUUAUAGGCAUGCUGGUCAUUGCCUUGCAUGAAAGCCUCUUUUCGAGGCUGUUGGGAAUAUGUUUUGCGUCGUUUUCGUCGGGUCUGGGAGAAAUGUCCUUCUUACAGCUUUCGACAACAUACAGCCGUUCGGCAGGAGGUCAAAGCGUUGGGUCCGCGUCAUCUUACGGUUUGAGUUAUUCCAUAUUAAUGCUACUUGACAGGUACUUCGCCUCAGGUACUGGAGCUGCAGGUAUUGUCGGAGCAUUUAUGUGGUGGGAACUCAGGGGUCUGGGUGUUCGUACUGGUGUUGGCAUCUCAGCGGUCCUCCCAUUUAUUCUUCCUCUGGCGUACUUUUUCCUGCUUCCUCGUCCAGCAGCAUUUAUGCACCAGUCAUCUUCUGCAUCAUACACACUCGUUCCUGCCGACGACCUUGCGACUGAAAUUACCGAUGAUUUAUCUGCAGAAGAUGGCUUAGAAUCUCAUGUAGAGCCCAAGAUCACCGUCGCCUUAUCAGCCACGGAUAAAUGGCGUUUGGUCAAACCGAUGCUAUUGAAAUAUAUGCUUCCACUAUUUUGCGUUUAUACCUUCGAGUAUACUAUCAACCAAGGUAUCGCACCAACCUUAUUAUACCCCGUUCCGUCACACGGCCUUCUCAGCAAGAUCAUCCACUCCGUCCGCGACUAUUAUCCACUAUGGCAGCUAGUCUACCAAACCACGGUCUUUUUCUCGCGUUCAAGCAUAUCUCUGGGCUUGAAAACCCUUCCGGCCCACCUCCUCCCUGCUCCGGCUAUCAUCCAGUUCGUGAUACUGCUUAUACUGGUCUUAGAAUCUUCUGUUGGGCUGCUUCCGGAAGAUCGUGCGGCAGGAAGUAUAUUCCUGGUGUUUGUGCUCAUCAGCAUAGAAGGCAUAUGCGGCGGAUUGGCUUAUGUCAACGUGUUCCAUCGCAUUAAUCAAGAGCAACCAGAUCCAUCCUCGGUACACGACCCCGAGCUCACAAAGCAAGAGCGAGAGUUUAAGAUAGCUUCCGUUGGUUUUGCUGACAGUUCAGGGAUUUUACUGGCUUCGAUUCUCGCGGUCCCUACCGAGUUAGAACUUUGUAGAGCGCAAGUUGCAAGGGCGAAAUAUCUAUGUCGAGGGCUCUAGGUCCACAGAGUUCUUGCGUCUCACUUCAGGAUCGAUCUGCGAAGGACACAUGGAUAAUCAGGCACACGAGGUCAGAUAUGAUUUAUGUACAUCGUUUUGGGGAGUAAUAAUACACAUUGCGCUGGGGUAACAAGAAC